GCUUCUGGCCCAAACCCUGCAAUGUACGUUGAAUCCCGUCUUUUGCCUGUAUGUCUCUGUCGUUGCAAAUGGUUGCUAACAAAUCUGGCAACAGUCGCUUGGUUCGCCGGGUAUGUACAGACUAUCCUCGUUUGACGCCUUGCCCCUCCCUGCAACCCGACGACCCGAGAUACGCGGGUGGAUAUGCCCGAUGGGCUUCCAAUCAAGGAUAUUUAUACGUGUUCUACCAGGCAUUUACUGACAACUUGCUGCAGACACUUGUCGCUGAUUUUCGCCGUUAUCCGUUAUGGCUUCUCCUACAUCUCCUUCAACUACUACAGCCGUGUCGCCCGUUUCAGCUACAGACUCACCUUUUUGUCUGCUGCUCUGACCUACGGUAUCGUCGUCUACAAGACUCUCCGCGCACGCAGCAAGGCUGGAGCCAAGGCUCCCCAGAGCCCUCUGGCCCUGAUUGCCGAUGAGAACGUUCAGUACCUUGUCAUGUCCCUGGUGUGGCUUCUGUCCCCCCAGUACCCCCUGGCCAUGCUCCCUUACGCCAUCUACUCGAUCUUCCACGUCGCAACUUACACGCGCGCCAACGUGAUCCCCACCAUCACUCCUCCCAAGCCCGUCACGCCCGCUGCUGGUGCUUCCCCUAGCGGCAAGGCCCAGUAUGCGAACAACCCGAUCGCCGACAAGAUUGGUGCCUUCGUCAAGGAGUACUACGAUGCCUCCAUGUCUGUCGUGUCCUCGCUCGAGAUCCUUCUCUGGGUUCGCCUCCUUCUCUCUGCCAUCACCUUUCAGCGCCGCUCCUGGAUCUUGAUUGCCAUCUACACUGCGUUCCUCCGCGCUCGCUUCACUCAGAGCACCCACGUCCAGAACUCGCUCGCUCUUCUCGAGUCUCGUGUCGACUCCGCUGUCGGUAACCAGGGCACUCCCCCUGCCGCCCGCCAGGCUUGGGAGACUGUCAAGGGAGGUGCGCGCCAAUUCUACGCCUAUACUGAUCCCAACCGCUACCUCAGCGGCACCACCGUCCCCAAGAAGACCUCGUAAAGCAUUGACGAGAUAGGCAAAACGAUUCAAAGCCACGAAUGCCUUCAAGGGUGUAAUAUCGCAAGCCUUACUCGAGAUGAGGCUGUUUGUCUAGCGACUCCGCCGUUGCGACGAGUCAGGUUGUAAGCCAACCACGAUAAGAGUGUUUCUCGGCAGGGGAUGAAGAAAGGAAGAAAUUUAUAAGGAGAGUAUACGGUCGCAAAGGAAAAGAAAUGAGCGGGAGGUUUUAUGGCCGGCCAAGGUUCACACGGUGUUUCGCCGGUAAUUCAGGUUAUUGUAGUGUAGGCGAGUUUGGGGCCUGGACGUUACCGGGUUGCUCUCUGCAUCGCACGAUGAUUUCAGGUUUCCCGAUUGCUCAUUGGCUCCGGCCUUUGUUUGUUAGUUUUUGUUUGAGCAGUAAAUCCAAAUUCGCAUGACUACACAAUUACUU